UUCAGUUAGGCCUAUUUUGUUUUGUCCACCACCUGUGCCACUGAUGUGCGCGUAUUCUCUGCUUUCAUAGAUAUGACGCCAAGAGAAUGGCCAGUCAGUUAUUUUUCACAUCAGAUUACUUUUGAGGCGUUGGUUUCGUCAAUGGUAAGCUAGUCUGACCCAGAGCCGAAUUCCAUGGCUCUGGUUUGACCGGUACGGAGUGGCGCACCCCGAGCGUAACGACCGCACCUCGGAGGACCAAUCCACGGGAAUAUAACACUCGCAUCGACAUGACAAUCGCAGACGGGAAGUUCGCAGUCGGGAGUCUACUGCUCAACUCUUCCACUCAGCGUGAAGCGCAUCGCAGAAGCAGAUAGCCCAGAAAGCAUCCUGUAGCCUACGACUCAGACACGAUGGCAACCUCGGUGAAGUUGAACACAGGAGCAGAAAUGCCCCUCGUCGGGCUGGGUACAUGGAAGUCUCCACCGGGUAAAGUUGCUGAAGCGGUGAAGGCUGCCAUCUCCACCGGGUACCGUCACAUCGAUGGUGCAUUCGUCUACCAGAACGAGACGGAGGUGGGCGAGGGGAUCCAGCAGGCCCUGAUGAAGGACAAGAGUGUGAAGAGAGAAGACCUGUUCGUCGUCAGCAAGCUGUGGAGUACCUUCCAUGCCAAGUCAGCUGUGAAGGGGGCGUGUCAAAAGACACUGACUGACCUGAAGCUCGACUACCUGGACCUCUACUUGAUGCACUGGCCAAUGGGAUUCAAGGCAGGAUCUGAGUCUGAGUUGUUUCCGCUGGACAGUGAGGGUUUGACCAUAAAUGAUGAAACCAACUUCCUAGACACCUGGGAGGCUAUGGAGGAGCUGGUUGAUUGUGGUCUGGUGAAAGCUAUCGGCGUUUGCAACUUCAAUCGCUCACAACUGGAAUCGCUGAUCAACAAGCCUGGACUCAAAUACAAACCUGCUAACAACCAGGUCGAGUGCCACCCCUACCUGACGCAGGACAAGUUGAUCAGCUAUUGCCAAUCACAGGGGGUCACUCUCACCGCAUACAGCCCCCUGGGGUCCCCAGACAGGCCAUGGGCCAAGCCAGAAGAUCCUUCUCUGCUAGAGGAGCCCAGCAUCAAAGCCAUCGCUCAGAAACACAACAAGACCUCAGCACAGGUUCUGAUCCGGUUCCAAGUCCAGAGGAACGUGAUUGUCAUUCCCAAGUCCGUCACUCCACACCGCAUCACUGAGAACUUCCAGGUGUUUGAUUCUAAAUUGAGUGAUGAGGAGAUGAAGACAGUUCUGGGCUUCAACAGGGGAUUCAGAGUCUGUCCAGUCCAGUGGGCGGUGAAGCAUAAGGACUAUCCAUUCCACGCUGAGUACUGAAGACCCCUGAACACAAGCAGUGCUGCCUAUACCACACACACACACACACACACACACACACACUCAGUUACAACCUUGCAAGUGGUGUGUUUUCACACACACACACACA